ACAGUAAACAUUUACUAAUAACGGAUUAAUUAGGCUUAAUAAAUUCGUCUCGCAGUUUACUGAAGUAUUAUGUAAUUAGUUUUUUUAUUAAUGCCCGAAUAUCCCGUGCGACACAAUAUAAAAUAACCGAUGUGACACGCCAAAACUUUACGCCCCUGAGCUAAACACCCCCAUAUUGGCUAUUGCCCGUUAGAUUCGAUAUGAACGGUCCAGAUCCAGGUGGAGGGAGGCAGGCAACGGUUCUGCCGAAUAAGGAAAGCGGAGUGCGGAAAGACGCUUCUGCCAUCGAAUCGUCUGUGGCGCCCGCGAAGCAACGGAAGAGAUGAGGAGAUGACUCGGAUGAGCGGAAGCUGCAGGGAGCGAGUCGUCGUCGUCGUCGUCACCGCGAGGCGCCGCGCCAACCUCUCAUGUCCUCUCCUCGCUGCGCCGUCUCGCUCCCACCCACCGCCGCGGCGACCACCGCCACCAAUGGCGGAGGCGGCGGGAGGAGGAACGCGCAGCCGGCAGCGGCGACGGCGGCGUCGCAGGUGAAGAAGCUGUGCAAGCAGGGGCGGCUGGACCACGCGCGGCGGCUGCUCCUCGAGGCGCUUCCCCGGCCGCCACCGACGCUGCUCUGCAACGCGCUCCUCAUCGCCUACGCCGCCCGCGCGCUCCCGGAGGAGGCGCUCCGCCUCUACGCUCUCCUCAACCACGCCGCGCGCCCGCCGGUCCGCUCCGACCACUACACCUACUCCGCCGCGCUCACCGCCUGCGCACGCUCCCGCCGCCUCCGCCUCGGGAGGUCCGUCCACGCGCACAUGCUCCGGCGCGCCCGCUCCCUCCCGGACACCGCCGUCCUCCGCAACUCCCUCCUCAACCUCUACGCCUCCAGCGUGCGGUACCGGGAGGCACGCGUCGACGUCGUCCGGAGGCUGUUCGACGCAAUGCCUAAGAGGAACGUGGUUUCUUGGAACACUCUGUUCGGCUGGUACGUCAAGACCGGGCGUCCCCAGGAAGCCCUGGAGCUGUUUGUGCGCAUGCUAGAAGAUGGUUUCAGGCCCACGCCGGUCAGCUUCGUGAAUAUAUUUCCGGCUGCUGUGGCUGACGAUCCAAGCUGGCCAUUCCAGCUCUACGGAUUACUUGUGAAGUAUGGGGUAGAGUAUAUCAACGAUCUGUUUGUUGUGAGCUCAGCAAUCGACAUGUUCUCCGAAUUUGGGGAUGUGCAAUCAGCUCGGAGGGUGUUUGAUCGUGCUGCCAAGAAGAACACCGAGGUUUGGAACACCAUGAUCACUGGGUAUGUACAGAAUGGCCAGUUUUCUGAAGCCAUUGAUCUCUUCAGCAAAAUCUUGGGAUCCCGAGAGGUUCCAUUGGAUGUUGUGACCUUCUUAUCGGCCCUCACAGCUGCCUCACAGUCACAGGAUGUUAGCUUGGGUCAGCAGCUGCAUGGCUAUUUGAUUAAAGGAAUGCAUAGGACAUUGCCUGUAAUACUCGGUAAUGCACUUGUUGUGAUGUACUCAAGAUGUGGCAAUGUCCAAACUGCCUUUGAUCUCUUCGACCGGUUGCCAGAGAAGGACAUUGUUACUUGGAAUACCAUGGUGACUGCUUUUAUACAGAACGAUUUUGACUUGGAAGGCUUGCUGCUCGUCUAUGAGAUGCAGAAAUCAGGUUUUGCUGCUGAUUCUGUGACAUUGACUGCAGUUCUGUCAGCAUCAUCAAAUACUGGAGACCUUCAGAUCGGUAAACAAGCACAUGGUUAUCUUAUCAGGCAUGGUAUCGAGGGUGAGGGCUUGGAGAGCUACCUAAUAGACAUGUAUGCAAAAUCUGGCCGUGUAGAAAUGGCUCAGAGAGUGUUUGAUAGCUUUAAAAAUGCCAAGAGGGAUGAAGUCACUUGGAAUGCCAUGAUAGCGGGAUACACACAGAGUGGACAGCCUGAAAAGGCAAUCUUAGUAUUCCGGGCAAUGCUUGAGGCAGGUCUUGAACCUACUUCGGUGACACUUGCUUCGGUGCUACCUGCAUGUGAUCCUGUUGGAGGGGGCGUUUAUUCUGGGAAGCAAAUCCACUGUUUUGCUGUGCGCCGUUGUUUGGAUACCAAUGUCUUCGUAGGUACAGCUCUUAUUGACAUGUACUCUAAGUGUGGUGAGAUCACUACAGCAGAAAAUGUCUUUGGUGGCAUGACGGGGAAGAGCACUGUCACCUAUACGACAAUGAUAUCUGGUCUUGGUCAGCAUGGUUUCGGCAAAAAAGCGCUUGCUCUUUUCAACUCCAUGCAAGAAAAGGGGUUGAAGCCUGAUGCAGUGACCUUCUUGUCUGCGAUUUCAGCAUGUAAUUACUCUGGACUCGUCGACGAAGGACUAGCUUUGUACAGGUCGAUGGACUCAUUUGGAAUUUCGGCUACUCCUCAGCACCACUGCUGUGUUGCAGACUUGUUAGCUAAAGCUGGAAGGGUGGAGGAAGCAUACGAGUUUAUAGAGGGGCUGGGGGAGGAGGGCAACUUUGUUGCCAUCUGGGGAUCGCUGCUUGCAUCCUGCAAAGCUCAGGGCAAGCAAGAGUUGGCAAAGUUGGUGACCAAGAAGCUGCUUGACAUCGAGAAGCAGUACGGUCAUGCAGGCUACAGCGUUUUGUUGUCACAGGUCCUUGCUGCUGAAAGUAACUGGAAUAGUGCUGAUAGUCUAAGAAAGGAGAUGAGGGCAAGGGGAUUGAAGAAAGAAGCAGGUUCUAGUUGGAUUAAAGUCCAGAACGCAGCAUUGGAACACAAGUUUAUCGAAAAAGACCAAAAUUAUGUCGAAAAUGAGCACAUGUUCUCGAUUCUGGAUGGUGAUGCCGACAGUACGGAUAGACUUUAACAUGUUUCAAUACCUUUUGGCACGCAAGAUUGCAGAUAUGAGAUUCCUAAUCCUAUUGUGGUGAUUACCUCACGCUGACAGACUAGGCUCCUGUUUUACCUGCAGUUUAACAUGAUUUAUCUUCAUUCAGAAAUCAGAAUUGAUGCUCCUCAUAGUAAUACUUGACUGGAUGGAAACUUGGAAAGACACCUAGCCCACAAACCUCAUGCGGCGGCCACACGGUGAACUUGUGCUGCGAGACAUCAAUCUAUGGAUGAGGUUGAUACCAAUGAUGUGCCAGAUGAAGAGCAAGCUGCAAUCUUGCAGGUGGCCAGGUUGUAACUUGUAUUCAGUAGUACGCAUAUCUUGACAAGCACAGCGCCCUCCUUAGGGAUUCUGGGUGAAUUGUACAGCUACAUUUGCUUAUAAUCGUCUAGAAAUAGGUGAGUACUGUCAUAGAACGAGCAACGUGAUUAGGCAACGGGAUUUUUUUUGGUUGUGAACGUACAUACAAUAUCUUAAAUGAAGAUUAUUCUCACAUGAUUACGGCCAAUGCAAAGGAGGAUUUUGCAUUGGUUUUCUGUAAUAAUCAUGUACUACAUUUUUAAACUCGAGGUACGCUUCUCUUCAAAAGUUUCUUUAGCCAUA